AUGCCCAAAGCAGAAGCCGGCUCAACGAAAGCCAUCGCAAACGCCAGCAGGCGAAAAGGCCUCGGCCGCCUACGAUGGUACUGCCAAGCCUGCGAAAAGCAAUGCCCAGACGAAAACGGCUUCAAAUGCCACGUCCAAAGCGAAUCCCACGUCCGCCAAAUGAUGCUCAUCGGCGAAGACUCGAAAUCACACAUCGAGGGCUUUAGUCGGGAUUUCUCGAAGAAUUUCAUCGAGACGUUGAGGACUGCGCAUGGGACGAAGAGUGUUCAUGCUAAUCAUUUUUAUCAAGAAAUUAUUCGCGACAAAUCGCAUAUCCAUCUUAACGCUACGAAGUGGAAGUCUCUCACGCAGUACGUCGCGUACCUGGGUAAAGAGGGAAUUUGCAAAGUCGACGAUACGGAGAAGGGGUUGCAUAUUGCCUGGAUUGAUAAUUCGCCCGAGACGUUGCGGAAGCGCGAGGCGUUGCUUAAGAAGGAGAGGCAGGAUAAGGGUGAUGAGGAGCGAGAGCAGAAGGCUAUUCGGCAGCAGGUUGAGCGGGCGCAGAAACAGGCGAGGGAGAGGUUAGAGGCAGAAGAGAAGGAGGCUCAAUCUGCGGAGAAGAUGUUGCAGCAUGAUGGGGAGAAAGUUAAGCUUGAUUUUGGAUUUGGAGGAAAGCCGGCUGGGCCGGCGGAGAAGACUGAGGGUCAAGUUGUUGGCGAUGCUUCCGUUGAUGCUCCGGUCGAAGAUACCACCAGCGCUACGGCUACCACUACGUCUGCGACGACAGAUUCUCCCGCCGAUCCACCUGCGCCGAAGAUCUCGAUGUCCUUUGGAGCGCAGAAGCCGAAGAAUGUGUUUGCUUCUGGCGCGAAGAAGAAUCCCUUGGCUGGGAAGAAGGGGUCUGUUCUGGCGGUGCCGAAGAAGAUGUCUGAGCAGGAGAGGAUUAUGAAGGCUGAGAUGGAGGCUAAUGAGCGGAAGCGCUCGAGACCUGCGCCGGGGUUCAAGCCGGGGUUGAAUAAUAAGAGGCCGAAGAUUUCUCUGUCUUAG